CUACCCGCCUCUUCAGGCUAAUUCUGUCGCCAUGGCCGCCGCGAUCAAAGCUCUCAAUGCGAAGAUUCGCUCCAACAAGUACACAGAUUACUUCUGCUCGACCCAUUUCUGGGGCCCGGCGAGUAACUUUGGUAUCCCCAUUGCCGCGAUAGCAGACAUGAGCAAGGACCCUGAAAUUAUCUCCGGCCGCAUGACCGGCGCCCUCACCCUCUACUCCGCAACCUUCAUGCGCUACGCCAUGGCCGUCACGCCAGCCAACUACCUGCUCUUCGGAUGCCACGCCAUCAACUUCUCCAGCCAGCUCGUCCAGGGAUACAGGUAUCUGAACUACUGGAACUUUGGGGGUCGGGAUGCGGCGGAGGCGGCGAAGGCGCAGGCGCUCACGGCGGGGAACAAGGUCGCGGGCGUGGCGGAACAGGUCAAGGAUAAGGCCAAGGGCGUUGUGGGGAAGUAAGAAUUUGCGAGAAGGCAUUAUGGAAGGAAGAUAGAGGCGGUUGUUUGGGAUGUAUCUACCUUUUUUGCUGGGAGGUGUCCGAUGUACUCUGGGUUCUGGACGGGGCUUUGGAGAGUGGUCGCCUGGAUGUAGGAAGCUUGGUUGAUAUCACCGAAAAUGCCAUCGUCAAUAGCA